AUGACUGCGCACCUCAAUGCAGAGGACAGCUGCUUAAACUACCAACCGACGACCAUCGCCGGCAACAACAACACCACGAGUGCAUCGCCUACGUCCGAGGUGCGUCCCACAACUGCCACUGCGUCCAACAACCGAUCCGGCGCGGCCUCUCCGUCCGGCGCGGCGCCUACGACGCCAGGCCGGGAAGGCAGCCGCAACAACGCUGCCUCUCUUGAGUGCUUCACGCUUGGCAGCAGUGGCAUAGCCAGCGGCCACCACCACGCGUACCUCCCGGACCCCUGGUCCAGCUUUGGCACAGGUUCGACUAUUGGAGGUGCCGGUCCGGGUGCAAACACCUCCGAAAAGGUCGCCGAGAAAAACAACGGUGGUUAUGACGACAGCGACAACAACAAAGAGAGCCUCAUGGCCGGCGCUGCCAAGUUUGCAAGCAAGCGGGGACGCCAUUCUGUCACCGCCACGGCCGUCCCCGCCAGCUCGCCGUCGUCAGCUUCGGCGUCGUCUGUGUCCAUAGUCGGAUCGAUGGCCGAGGUUGGUCAAACCACAGGCGUCAGCAAGCCCGAGCCCCUCCGGCUUGUGCGCACCGGCAACGUUGAUGCCACUCCCGAGAUGGAGCAGGCCGGCGCGACGGCUGCCAACCGGACUCCAUUGUCGUACCCUUCUCCCCGUUCUUCGUCGUCGGCGUCGCCCUCGUCUUCGUCGCCGGUCUCCCGCACAGCUGAUCAUACGCCGCCGCACAUCACCUUCCCCGAGGGUGGCGUUCAGGCCUGGCUCGUCGUUGCUGGCUCAUUCUGUGCCAUGCUGUCCGUCUUUGGAAUCAUCAACACGGCCGCCGUCUUCGAAUCGUGGUUCUCCACCCACCAGCUGGCCGACUACACGGCUUCGGAGAUUGGCUGGGUCUUCAGCCUGUACCUGUUCAUUGUCUUCUUCAUUGGGAUCCAGGUCGGCCCCGUCUUUGAUCGCUAUGGCCCGCGCUACCUUGUCGCCUUUGGCAGCGUCUUGGUGGUUGCCAGCACCAUGCUGCUGGGGCUGUGCGAGGAGUACUACCAGAUCCUGCUCUGCUACUCCGUGCUCGGCGGCCUCGGCGGCGCCCUGCUCAACACGCCCGCGUAUGCCUGCAUUGCGCACUUUUUCAAUGUGCGCCGCGGCCUCGCCACGGGCGUCGCCUCCACGGCCGGCGGCAUCGGCGGCAUCGUCUUCCCGAUCCUGCUGCAGCAGCUUCUGCCCCGCGUCGGCUUUGCUUGGAGCACGCGCAUCCUCGGCUUCAUCCUGCUCGGCCUCUCGGUCCCGGCCAACCUGUGGCUGCGCACGCGCCUGCCCUUGCCCGGUGUCAACGACUGCGAGCCCGAGGACGGCGCUGCGCCCGAAGCCAUUCCCGACGUCUCGGUCGUCGACGCGUCGGCCGCAAAUGACGGCACAGCGACGUCUGUGCGCACGGGCGUUUCCGGACGCAGUGGCCUGAGCCGUGUCACCAGCACUGCCACCCGUGCCAGCCGUCGCCACACGGUUCCGUCUGUGUGGCCCGACUUGACCAUCUUCCGCGACCGCAGCUAUGCCGCCGCCACCCUGGGCAUCUUCUUCAUGGAGUGGGGCAUCUUUGUGCCGCUGACCUUUAUUGUGUCGUACGCCACCGCCCACCGGGAAAACACCGACCAGGCGUACACGCUGCUCGCUUUUCUCAACGCCGGCUCCGUUCUUGGCCGCUUCGUACCGGGUCUGCUGGCCGACAAGUUCGGCCGCUUUAACAUCAUCAUCGUCACCAUUGGCCUGUCGUCCGCUGUUGUCUUGGGCCUCUGGCUGCCGGCGGCCAAUUCGCGCGCGACGUUGAUCACCUUUGCCGUGCUCUUUGGCUUUGCCAGUGGCAGCAACCUGGGCCUGAUUGCUGUGUGCCUGGGCCAGCUGUGCGACCCGAGCCAGUACGGGCGCUUCUACUCGACGGCCAUGAUGGUGGCUAGCUUUGGCACGCUGAGCAGUGUGCCCAUUGGCGGUGCGAUCCUGGGCGACGGCAUCUCGGACAACCGUUGGAUGGCCCUGAUUAUCUUUUCAGGCGUGUCGUACAUGGUGGCGCUGGUGUGCUACAUGACGGCGCGCAUCAUGGCUGUCGGCUGGAGUCCCAAGUCCAAAUUUUAA